UACGACGCGCGCUGCGGAAGCCGAGAAGCGGCGAGUGCAGAGGCGCUGUCCCCGCGCUGCGAGCGAGGGCAUGAGGAGCCGGUGCCUGUGUCAGAUUUGUACCUGCGGGCGACAUCAUUGUCCACAUGGAACCACAAGGAUUUAUGAGAAUUCUGGCAUGUCUUGGCCUACAACUGAAUAUUUGGAAAAAUAUCCUCUGUAUGGCCAAGUUCUCCCACCUCAGAGUCUUAAACCCAAGCAGGAAUUUCGAGCAUGCCGUGGUAAAAUGGAAGGAAUAACUACCUUUAAGUCGGAUUAUCGUCCUUAUGAAAUAGUCAAGCAGCCUCGCCAUGUACCUGAAGAAUAUAAACCAAAACAGGGGAAGAUUGAUCUUGGCACUACCUACAAACAGGAUUUUAAUUCUUAUAAAGUGCAGCCUGUGGCAAUAGUCCGGCCUUUGGAGAGACGUCAAGUUAAAAAAGGAAAGUUGGACACUGUCCCAACCUACAAAGAUGAUUAUAGAGCCUGGGACAUUCAGAAAAGUGAACUGUAUAAACCAGAGCAAAUGUAUCAUCCCCCGACUGUGAAAUUUGGAAAUUCGACCACAUUUCAGGACGACUACAUUCCCCGGGAGAUAAAGCCGAGGCGAAGCUUUAAACCCCUCCCUGCGGUCAGACGCUCUACAGCCCCUUUUAAUGGUGACACGAGUCACCGCCUUGAUUAUGUUCCUCAUCAGCUGGAACUCAGAUUUGUCAGGCCAAAAGAAGCAUAUAAGCCAACUGACCAAGCCUUUGCGGAUCUCACAACUCACCGGCAUGACUUUCAGGGUCUUACUGGCGAGACUGCAAAAAUCUGCAGACCGGCACACACCAGAGUGACCCCAAAUGCUCAGUUUGAAGGAAACACAGAAUUCCGUGAACAGUUUCAACCAUGGGAAAUCCCACCACCUAAAGUCAAGCAAGUGCCCGAGUAUGUGCCCCCUGCAGGCAGCAUGCAGUUAAACAGCACCAGCCACCUCGACUAUGUUCCUUAUCAUGCUGACCGUGUUGCUCCCAUCAGGCCAAUUUCUCAUAGGAGAAAUAACAAUUUUCCUUUCCAAGGAAAAAGCACCAUGAAGGAAGAUUUUCCAGCAUGGGAAAGUUGUCGUCAAGGACUCAUUAAGAAUCAGCAGCAGAUUCCCAGCCCAUCUGGAAAAUUUGAUGGUUUGAGCACUUUCAGAUCUCACUACGUGCCACAUGAAUUGAUUUCAACAGAGAGUUGCAGACCUUUAAAUGUUGCUUUUAAGAGUUCUGUUCCAUUUGAUGAUGUAACCAUGUACUCUAUAGAGUACAAGCCGAAGAAACAGGAAAUCUGUCCAGCUAGCUAUCCUACUCCUCCAGGUUACAUAUUUGAAAAUACAAAUUCUCAAGGUCAUAAAUUUUUCCGCAGGAUCACUCCCAAAGUGAAAGCCUUCUAAUCAAAUCACACGUAACAUGAACUCAACUAGCAACUAGGCUUUCCAAGGGAAAAUCUAAUUUUUACAGUGAAAAAA